AUGCCCCAGCAGCUGAGCAGCAGCAACCCUAAGUCCCUAACCCUAAUCGAAACAGCACCAGAGACACAGUCUUCAGCGUCGCUGCCCGCUUGUAACCCCGCUCCUGAUCGGCGAUCUCUUCCACAGUCUAGAGAGGCAGAGACACACCGACCGGCGGCCACCGCGAUUCGUUGUUUCUCCACGGGCUGCGGGGACGACCUGACUUGCGGGUUGCGUCAGCCCACCUCCUCCAUCCAUCUCUCUCCCACCGCACUCGCCGCCGCCCCGCUUUCCACCCAGUCCCACCGACUCUCCCGUCGGCCGCCACCACUCGCGUCUCGCAAUCGAAUCCCACCGCCCGUACUCGCGUUCGCAGCUCCGCACUGCCCAAUGCUCCAUUCUAGCCGGCGGCAGCCAUAG